AUGAGUCUGCAGAAUCCUGGAACACAGCACAAGGACAAGGAGGGGAAACAUAAAAAGAUCGGAGUUGAAGCAGGUUCUCCUUUAGAUUUCUUCCACACGCCUCCUACCACACCCUCACAGGCAGAGCUGACUGCCAUGGCCCUAUCCUCUGCAGCCUCCUCUGAUAAGGCACAGACUCCAUCGCCGGCAGGCAGCACCACCCCCUCCACCACCUCUCCAGCCGCAGAGUGGACACAGAAACUGUCGGCUCCCUCGGAAUGGGCCGUAAUCAGCGCAGACAGCGUUGCCUCCUCGAAGACAAACAUGAGCGAUGCAGCAGAGGGACAUGAGAAGGCUGCGAUCAUUCUUGGCAGUCCAGCAUCGCCUCCUCUGUCCAGAGGCUCGCCUUCAGAGCAGGGCUGGCAGGAGAGAGACAGCGGGCUGGAGCCACAGGCUGCAGCAGAGCGGGCAGGAGAGGAGAUGACCUUGGUUUUACUCAGUCUGAUGGAGCACUACAGAGCCUCACUAGGCCUAACCCCCAACACUGAUAUUACCACAGGAGCAGUAGAGCUGCUCAGACGUUUGAUAACAGAGAGAGAGGAGCUGGUUGAGGAGGUGGACACACUCAGGGAGACACUCAGAACAGAGAGGUUGGAGUGGCAUCAGUUCCAGUGUGACCUGCAGGUUGCAGUAUCUGUGGCCGACCGGCUGCGGGUCGAGUCAGAGCAGGCUCUGGGUUUGCUUCAGGAGAGUCACAGGUCUGUGGAGGAGCAGCUGGCCCAGGCCCUCAGCAGACAGCAAGAGACCGACCGAGAGCUGGAGAGCCUGAAAACCGAGCACAGAGAUGUCUGUGACAAACUAAAUGAACUCAGUCUUCAGCAGCAGGAACAAGCUCAGUUGAAUGCACUAAAGAACAUCUGCAGGAUGAAAAACAGACCAACAGAUGAACAGGCAGAUAGACAUGACUAUGAAGGGGGACAGCAGGAGGGAACACAGAAAGUAACAGAGGAAGCUGAAACAGAGACUGAAGCUAAAGAUGAGAAUAAAGCAAAUCAAGAAGAGGACACUACACGAGUCGCUGCUGAUCCUGAAGACACGAAUGGAUCAGGAAACAUGCAGCUGAAAGGGAGAGGGGUGGCGGAAGGAUACCUUCGCAGCUUGGCAGCCCUGGAGAAGAAGAAAGAAGACGGACGUGAACAGAAAGAUCCGAGGAAGAUUGUGAUGCUACCUCAGGAUGGUUUCAGUGCUCUGCUGAGGCGACAUGGUGGCUCCAGAAGAAACUCACUGCUGCGCUGGUGUCAGAAUCGUACCCAAGGCUACAAGAAUAUUGACAUCACCAACUUCAGCAGCAGCUGGGAAGAUGGUUUGGCAUUCUGUGCUGUUUAUCACACAUAUUUGCCCUCUCACAUCCCCUAUGACAACCUCAACCCGGCUGAAAAGAAAGAAAACCUGGACCUUGCUUUUAAGACAGGAGAGAGUGUGGGAAUCACAGCCACACUGACAGUGGAGGAGAUGCUGAAGGCAGACGGACCCGACUGGCAGAGGGUGCUGGGAUAUGUUGAGAACAUUUUCCGUCACUUUGAGAUGUGA